GGGAGCAUCCCACCUCUGUUGCCCUUUCCAUCAGGAUGGUGGAAAAUUGCCUGCGCGACUUUGUCCCUCUGUUAUGCAGAACAGCGAUGAGGGACAAAAAAGGCACACGAAAAAUCAAAUUCAGUAACCUUCACGGUAGUGAUGUCACAAAAUGCUUUGCCCAUCUUCUUCUUCUUGCAGCAGCUUCACGUUUGACGCUGCGAGAGGCGUCCAGCUUCUUACCGCGUGGCUGUUUUCAGGUCACCCCGAGCUAAUCCUCUCCCAAUCUGCUUUUCUUCUCAUUAGCCAUCUUACGCUCUCUCCUUUCCCUCUCUUAAUUCGGUACAAGUCUGAAUUGCACUGACUGUCCAUGGCCCAGCCCGUGAAGGUAAAUGUGCUGGGAUGAAGAUCGAACCAUCUCCACCAGGCUACUCCAUGCUGCGUUAUUGGAUUUAGCUGUAUGCUUGGACCAAUCCUGACAGGUUGACCUUGAGUCAAACAUCAGAAACGUCUGCAUAGGAAGAUGGAAAACAUCUAAAAGCUGUUUCAGUGAUGGUCGCCCCUGCAAAUCAGAGAAUGUGGUCUCAGGGAGGGUUGCCGCCCCUCCUAACGACGACCCCUUGACGCCGUGGGCCCUGUCAACUUCCCGCUGCGAUGGAGAGUUGUCGUCCUCACUUGCUGCCCCUCAUUGUGGCUCUCCUGGGCUUUCUGAGCUCGUGUGUGAACCCCCUGACCUCCAGGGUCUCCUUCCCCAUAGGAACCCCCGGGAGACAUCUCACCCGCUUCAGCAGCCCCGACGUGGGUAACACCACCACGCUGCUGCUCAGCGACGACGGAGAUACGCUCUACGUGGGAGGGAGGGAUGCAGUGUUAGCGCUGGACGUUAGCCUCAAGGACGCCAUUGUACUGAGGCGCAAGCUGGACUGGAGCCCUUCAGAGAAAGACCUGGACCAGUGUUCCAUGAAAGGCAAGAAAAUGACGGACUGUCCUAAUUUCAUCCGCGUGCUGCAGUUCCUGAAUGCCACCCACAUCUACGCCUGUGGAACCUUUGCCUUCAGUCCGCGUUGCAUCUACAUUAACUCCGAGACGUUAACGGUGAGCCUCAAGCCUGACGAGGGACGAGGUCGCUGCCCCUACGACCCGUACCAACGCAACACCGCUAUCACCGUCGAUGGAGAGCUGUACACGGGCACCGUGGCCGACUACAGGGGCAACUGGCCGUUAAUCUCCCGCCACCUCAGCGAGGGCGCGCGUGUGGACCUCAAGUUGGAUGACAGCUUGGGAUGGCUGGAGGAUCCAACCUUCAUCAGCUCCACCUUCAUUCCCGAUGAGGGCAAAAUCUACUUCUUCUUUAGCGAAGUGGGCAGAGAGUACGACUUCAUUGACAAGUUUAUCGUGUCUCGCGUUUCCCAAAUCUGCACGAGCGACGUUGGGGGCCAGCGGACGCUUCAGCGGCGCUGGACCACCUUUGCCAAAGCUCAGCUGCUGUGCCAGGCGGACGGCGAGCUGCCCUACAACGUGAUCCAGGACAUCGACAGCCUCCCGCCAACAGAGGGCGCGCCUGCCGAUGGCACGCUUUUUUACGGCAUCUUCACCUCUCAGUGGUCCGUCAACUCGGGGCAGUCAGCCGUGUGCUCGUUCCGCUUGUCGGACAUCAGGUCGGCCUUCUCGGGCAACUACAAGGUCCUGAACCGCGACACGUUGCAGUGGAGCACGCAGGUUCAGGAGAAGGUCGCCAACCCGGGCGAGUGCGGCUUGCACAACGCGUCAGACAACGCUCUGCGUUUCGUCAAAGAAAACUUCCUGGCCGACGACAGCGUGCGAUCGGUGGGAAGAAGUCUGACACUCGUGUCCGCCGAGCACAUCUACAGCCAUCUGAGCGUCCAAAGGGUCCAGGCUGCCAACAACGUGGACUACACGGUCCUCUUUCUCCUCACAGAGUCGGGCUACCUUCACAAAGUGGUGCUGCUGCAAAGCGGCGCCCACAUCGUCGAGGAGGUGCAGGUUUUUGAGAAACCGCAGCCUGUCAAGAACCUGAAGCUGUCCAUACCCAAGGGUGUGAUAUACGUCGGUACAUCAGAGGGUGUGCUCAGGCUCCCAACAGCCAACUGCUCUUUUUACUGGACCUGUGCUCAGUGUGUCCUAGCCCGAGACCCCUUCUGCGGGUGGGAUCCCUCCCUCCGGGCCUGUGUGACGGUUUCCAGCGCCCACGCUAACCUCGGCCAGGACAUAGAGAGCGGCAGCGUGGAAAAGGUGUGUAAAAGUGUUGCGUUAACGCACAGAGCCCAGUUUGGACCCAACAACUUGCCUGCAGGUGAGCUGGUGUCAGUGUCUCUAAACGAGGUGGUGCGACUGCAGUGUCCUGCCGCGUCCCGCCUGUCCCGCCAGUCCUGGGAGCGUCCCAACAGCCGCCUGUCCUCGGAUCUGUAUCUGCACAUGGAGGACAGCAGCCUGAGCUUUGUGGCCACCCCGGCCACGCUGGGCCACUACCUCUGCCUGUCCACGGAGAACGGCUUCCAACAGACUAUGGCCAUCUACCACGUCAGACAGAAGAGCAGCCCCCUGCCUCAAACGCCCACCAGUCAGGGAUGGCCGCAGAAGCACCCCUGGCCUACGGAGUGGCAAGCCAGGCCCAAAAGGACAGAAUCCAAGCAGGCUGAGCCGACGCUGACCAGCGGGGACGCUCAGACGACCACAGGGCAGCUGGGCAGGAACUUCACCCUGUGGAUGGUGAAAAGGGCGCCCAAAGAGGCCGCCUUCCGAGACGGUGAGCCUCUGAUGUCAGGAUCGAGUCCCUGCUACCUGAAGGAGCUGGUGGUCGUGUCGGUCCUCUUGGUGCUCUGCCUCAGCCUGCUUCUCACCAUUUUGCUCUAUGGCGCCAAACAGCGAUGGCGCAGUCGCACCGCCCCGCAGGCGCCAGGCACCCCCUGCCGAGACUCAGACAGAAGGACCCCCGUGGAGCACGAGGCCCUGCGGGGGAACCCGUGUCAGAGCAAGCGCAACGGACACAUCCAGCAUGGCGGACAGGCUAGUGGCGUGCUCUGUAACGGAGCACUCACAGGCUCCAACGGCCACUUGCCCAACACGCCCAUCUGAGUAUUUAUUACUGGGGAGGCCCUCCACGGACACACAUGGUGACAAGUCUGUUUCCAAAGCCGACCCUCGGGGUUGGGAACGGUACAGGACGCGAUAGGACGAAAGACUGUGGUACUUUAAAUGUUGACACAUGACGGGUUAGCUGCUACAAAGGAAUACUAGGACCACACUGACGGGAAAAAGAAUAUAAUAGUAUAGUAUAUGAAUAAUAUAAUAGCAAAACAUUUGGCAAAAGUCAUCAUUUUACAAGAAUAGAGUCCUACCUAUCAGGGGAAAAAAAUAAUGUAAUGAGAAUAACAUCUAAAUCAGGGGUGGGAACCUUUUCGGAUAAGAGAGCCAUGAGAGCCACAUAUUUUAAAAUGGAUUUCCGUGAGAGCCAAAUCAUAUUUUUUAACACUGAAUACACCUAAAUUUGACAAUUUUACAAUAUAAUAAGUCUGAAUGUAUUCUUUUGAACAACAUUGUUAUACUGAAGCUAACCAAUAACAGAUUAAAAUACUGGUGCUGCAUGGUUUUGCGGCAUCUUCUUAAUCAAAAGGGUUUGCGCUGCAGUAUUAGCUAGCUGACUAUUUGAUUAAAGGAGGGAAGUUUACAUCCUGACCUCUGACCUGGGUAGGCACCGCUUUAUCCAGUCAUCAAGUUUUGGUUUCUGACCUGGAAAAUAUGGGAAGCACAGCUGGCACUGGCUCUGGCCACCCGCAUCACGGUAGAAAAUGGAUGGAUGGUUUCAAAUACAUAAAAUUACAUUAUUUUUAACACUGAUUCCUGUAAUGUUUUACUUUAAAAUGUCAGCGAAGAAAAAUUUCAAAUCAAUUUUAUUUUGUUAAGAAAUGUGCCACAUCUGGCUCCUGAGCCAUAGGUUCCCUACCCCUGGAUAAGAUCUAAAUAUAAUGAAUAUUUACCAUUUUUUUUAAAGACAAAAAUUGUAAUAUUAGCAUUUUUGGAAUUAUUACUACUCAUAGUAAUUUGAUGUUAUUCUCAUUUGUGAUUUUUUUUUGUAGUUGUUGCUGUUGUAAUAUUGCACUUUUAUUCUCGUAAAAGUUCUACUUUAUUCUUACGUUAUAAUUGUAAUUUUAUGACUGUAUUGUUGUAUUUUUUUCCCUUUUCAGUGUGGCCAUAAUACUCCUUCUCUAAGAUGCCCUGUGGCUGCAAAAUGAAUGUUUUUCAUGUGUUUUCGCUUAACAGGAACGGUACCUGUGAAGACGAGCUAGCUUUUGAUGCCAUGUGACUGCUACAGGUACACUUCCUAAACAUUUCAUACAGAGUACAAAAUUAAGUAGGAUUCCGUACCAAAAAAAAAUGCAAAAAUGAGUUUUUGGAUUGAAUUUUUAAAAUAAUACAAGGCAGUUGUUUGCACAGUCUGGUCACAUUAUGAUCUCACCACGGAGCUUCACUUUUUUUGGUAUGAUUUCGUACUAAAUUCUCGUGUCCCUGAUCAUUCCAACGGCGAUGACUCUACCUUCAGCUGUCUGACUAUUAUGGGAUAGCAUUGCACACGUGCCUUGGCUAAACGAGUUGCUGUGAAUGACCCACUCUUGGACCCUAAAAUAAUGUGACUAUUCAACAAUUUCAAGUGCACGUAGUCUUGUGCUAACGCGAGGUGGUCGCUUGAAGCAGUUUUAAUGUUGUGAAACAGGGUGAACAUGUUGUACUAGGCUGGAUUUAAAUGUUAGACUUCUCUGUGGAGAAUCAGGACCAAAUAGGAUGAGUUUUUACUAGUGGAGACUCGUUUUUUUGGAUGUAUUUUAUGCCUUUGUCUUGCCUUUUGUGGAACAAGCAUCACUUGUUCUUACCACGACACAUUUCCAUUGUGGUGUUUUGGGGACCGUUUGGAAAUGACCACUCCAGUUAAUUAAAGUCUUCAGCCUCAAACGGUGUCUUUGU